CGACCCUGAAGUAUUGGCCGUUGUCUGCAAGGGUUUUGGGGUGCAGUGUAGUACGGUGGAGGGGUUUGUUUUCAGCCAUCACUCACGUCCUCGGUAAAAGCCGCUAACGUCACCAACGAUCUCCUGAACUGAGCUGUGUAUGCGGAUCUAGCGGGACUUUCCACGGUGAGGUGAACCUUUGCGAAAAUCCCCCGGAUCAAAGCCGACUCGAACCUGCUCAGGUGUGUUGGACAAGGUUGCGAGGUUACGAGGAAGCAACCUUUACGAAGUUUGCUGUUAGUACACCGGGAAGUCCAUCGAAGAAUUCUCGAUAAAGCGAUGGCCCUCAAUGACGUCCAGGAUCUACCGGAGAUGACGGAACCGAACAUGGUGCAGGUGUUGGCGUACACCGCUAAGCUAGUCGGACGUGAGAGUGAAGUUCCAAUGGUCUCGAUGGAUGGGGAAGCACAUCCCAACAUGACGCUGGCUGCCAUCGGAUCAGGUGUACUCGUGGCACUCAUCAUUCUCAUCACACUAAUCGCUUUUAUAACCCGCCGCGAGCGAAGCUCGUCAGCGAAAGACAACCAGCAGCAGGACAUCGUGAAUCCACCUGUCAUUGGAAGGACAAAACCAAACGAACCGAUCACCCAAAAACCCCCAACCGAACCACGUUCCGUGACGUUUGCGAACGAUUUCGAGCUAGUAGAUGUUGUCACCCGGAUGUGAGCGCCGCAGUCGGA